AUGGUCGUCAACCAUGGGUUAAAGAUUAGUGAUGGAGCUGCGUUGACCGAUCGGAGUCAAUAUCAACGACUACUAGGGAAACUCAUCUAUCUCUCACAUACUAGACCCGAUAUUGCCUAUGCAGUAGGAAUUGUGAGUCAAUUCAUGCAUACGCCACAGACGGAUCAUAUGGAAGCAGUGCUCAGAAUUUGUCGCUAUCUGAAGGGAACAACUGGGCAUGGAAUAUUAUUUUCCAAGAAUGGAAGUCUUGAAAUUCGUGGAUACACAGAUGCUGAUUGGGUAGGAAAUCCAAACGAUAGGAGGUCCACAGCAGGCUACUUUACCUUUGUUGAAGAAGCUCAGCUUGCCGAUAUAUUGACAAAGACUGUCAAUGCUAGAAGUUUUGAAGAUGUUCUUGGCAAAUUGAGGUUUGGAAAUCCGACGACUCAAUUUGCGGGGAAGUGUUAA